AUGUCUGCUGACGAACAGCAGACACUGGAGCGGAUAGCCACAGAGUACGCGUCGCGACCGGCUGGUACGGACGCGCCGGAGGAUAUCUCUGCAGGUAUGCAAAACUACGGGUUCCUGCAUCCACGAGUCAGCCAGAUUCGUAGCCAGGCGAAUAGCGGUGCUUGCCGGGCGCCAGUCCCACCACUGCCUCCAGGAUUCAGGCCGCCAGGGCCGCCAUCAAUGGUGAUGCGACCAUCGCCGCCUGUUCCGCCUGGAAUGCCUCCAUUACCAGCGCCUAGGCCACCCAUGCUGCCCCAAGCAUGGCCACUGCAGCAGGACCAUGAGCCAGCGAAAAAGGAGGAGAAGCCGAGGGCGACUAAGCGGUAUCACGACUUGCCAGCCAGCAUUAUGCUGGCAGCUAUGGAUGAGUCCCACUCACCCUACGAGCCGCUACAUGUCAACCAGCUGGAGGAUAGCGGGUUCCUUGAAUCAAUAGUUCCCGGUCUCUCGACGUACACUGACAAGCUAAGGCAGCCUGAUACAGCUGAAGACAUGGAGAUGGCGCUGGCACAUUUUGAUAAAGGGAUUCAGCACAUCUACGACGAGGGAGAGGUCAAAGACCGCAUUGCCGGCGAUGUGGAUAUGGAUCGUGAGGGAUGGGAGCACGGUGUGGUCGAGGGGCUGCUCUGGGACCGUCGCAAGGGCAGCGCUGAGCGCAAGAGAUGGAAGAGACGACAGGAAAAAGCCAUGCGCAAGGAGACCCGCCGGAGCCAGUCUGGAUCGGAAUCCUCAAGUGGCAGCUCGUCGUCAGAGUCUGAAUUCAACAGCACAUCGGGUGCUAGCAGCGAUCGUGGCUCUGGGUCAGACAGUGACUAUAGCAUACCAGCUAUGCCUUCACGAGCACCGCCAGCCAGCAUGAGCCGUGCCAUAGGAAGCGACAAUAUUGGGUUCAAGAUGCUUUCCAAGAUGGGCUGGAAGCAGGGUGAAGGGCUGGGGGCAAUGGCAGAAGGCAUCAGAGAGCCAAUCCGGCCACCUACGAAAUUCAGUGCUUCUAGUUCGCGCGGCAGAGGCGGCAGAGGCGGCAGAGGCGGCAGAGGCAAGCAGCGGCCCAGGGCUGGAAAUCCAAGACUGCAGCGCACUGGCAGUCCGCCCGUUGGCAUGGAGAGCGAGGAACUGUAUGAGGAUUACCGCAAGCACAUGAGCUACAUUUACAAACGGUCUUCUGGACGUAUGGACGACGGUUGCUCGCCAUAG